GGGUUUUAUUUGGGUUUCCUGUGCGCUUGGUCGCUUGGCCGCCAUCUUUUUGUUAUUGAAUACGACGCUUAUCUCAGUUGGGUUCAAAUGUGAACGGUUCCAGUGCACUAUUGCACAAUUGGAGCCCACAUUAGGACCGAAAUCAAUUUACAAGUGAUGGAGAGCUCCAAUAUAUCGAUAGACGAGGAUGCUAAACAGUGCAGUGACUGUAGCAAGUCUUUCAAAGCUUGUCAAUGCAAGGCUUGUACCAAGUGCGGCUCAAUAUUCAGAAGAUAUUUUGGCACAACGUUGGUGAAAGGAAGAUCACAUUGUCGUGUCUGUUGUGCUGCUGUUUGUGCAACAUGUCAUAUGGUUGUUCAGAACAGAUUUAAGAUUUGCACAAGAUGCCACAUUCGACAAAAAGAAGAAGAAAUUGAUACUCAAAAAGCACUGACUGCCAUUGACCAUGCAAAGUCUGGGAGAAGUGAUUCAUCAACGUCACAGAUCUCCUCUGAGUAUGUUUUCAUAAAUGUAGCUGCAUCAGUGUCGCUAACACCAGAGCAGAGAAAAGAGGCCCUUUUUGAAUCUGCUAAGAAAGGUGAUCAUUAUGCCAUGAUUACACUGUUGAAUGCCAAGGCAGAUGUCAAUACUAAAGAUGCCAGUAGGAACACGCCUUUAUUCUACGCAGCAGAAGGUGGACACCUCCCUUGUGUAGCCCUGCUCAUGGAACGAGGCGCCAGUGUCACUGUUGUUAAUGAUGCUGGUUGGACCCCCCUACAUGCUUUAGCUUGGAAAGGUGCUACGGACGAACACGUGGAAUGUGCCGAACAACUCAUCCAGAUGGGCGCUGACGUGUUCGCUUUGACGAGUACUCAAGAGACGGCCGCUGACCUUGCUGAUCGCUGUGGCGGUAAACCCGAACUUGUUAAACUAUUGCAGGCCGCUGAAGUCGACGUCGCCAUCAAGCACUUGCAGAGGAUGAUACGCAAGUCAUCAGGAAAGAACACUUUGCUGACGCUUCACGUGCGUGCCCUGGUACGGCAUGUUACGGAACACGACAAGCAUUGGGAAGGCUCUGAUGUCGACAGUGGUAGUUACGACACUCAAAGCCUCCCUACCACUCCUGAACUGAAAAGAUCUACAAAGAUGCAGGACCAGAAGCCGUCCACACCAGAACGCCUAAGACGGGAGGACAAGACCAGAUCUCUGGAUAGGUCACCAAAAAAGAAUAACAUCUGCAAAGAGCUCAAGUUUGAGUCAUCAACUUCGUCUCUCGGACGACCCUUCGGAAACAACUCGGCAUCCCUUCCACGAGCUGAUGUGGAACCGAUUAUACGGGCCGACUGCACGAAUUUCCCACCUCCAAACUCUAGUAAGCUCGAGGAGAAGCUCCGUCUGUCAGAAUCUGAGAAAAAUGACGCCGAGCAGAGAUGUAAGCGGCUGAUGCAGGCCAUGGCCACGGCUGCUGAGACACAUGACCAAGAGGUUGCUAGGUUACAGCAGGAAAUUGACAAGCUGAAGGAAAAAAUGGAGAUCGCAAUCAAAAGGUGUGAAGCGACCUACGCUAACAAGAUAUCGAAGAUUCGUCAAGAGGCGGAUGCCGCUGUACACGAGGCAAACGAGAACGCAUUACAAGCGAAGAAAGAUCUCAACGAUGUUUUACAUCUUCAAAGUACCUACAGACUGACCUGGGUCCCAGAUGAGCUUGUCGCCAACUGUUCAAAUCCGAAGUGUCGUGCUCCAUUUACACAGACCCGUCGUCGCCAUCACUGCCGGUGUUGCGGUCGGGUUUUCUGUCACAACUGCACCGACCAAUCAGCAGAGUUGUCCGUGUUUGGCUACAACCAGCCGGUGCGCAUGUGCAACCCGUGUUACGCCCUCGUCGACGAUAUGUUCACAUCGGAGACGGAAAACAGCACGUAACGACACUUUGCGUGACAUCUGGGGUCUAAAUCAGACAGCGUGACAAAGCUAAACUAGCGUGACCUUACGUGACAUCAAAGGACGAAAUCAGACAGCCUAAGAUAGCUAAACUAGCGUGACCUUAUGUGACAUCUGGGGUGGAAAUCAGACUGCGUAACAUAGAUAUACUGGCAUUACUUUAUGUGGCAUGCGGGGGUCGAAAUUAGACAGCGUGACAUGGCUAAACUAGCGUGACCUUAUGUGACAUCCGGGGUCGAAAUGUAACACGGAAGGCAGCAUUGCGUGACACCUAGUGCACAACAAUUGCAAUCGUUGUUGCACUCCUCAAGACGACACGUUUAAACUUGAGCGAAUCAGACAGCGUGACAUGGCAAUACUAGCUUGGCACUAUUGACAUCCGGUGGUCCGAAUGUAACACAGAAUAUUACGAUUGUGUGACUACUAGUGCGCAAGUGGAAUUUUUUCUUUUACUCUUGAAGACGGCGCAUGUUCGUCGACCGAAUCAGACAGCGUGACAUAGCGAUAUAUCGUGGAACUAUUGAUAUCGGAGGCUCCGAAUGUAACUCAGGAUAGAAGGAUUGUGUGACUUUCGGUGCGCAAGCAAAAUCUCAGUUGCUCCCUUGAAGACGACACCCUUAAACUGUAACGAGUCAGACAGCGUGACAUUUCGAUACUAGCGUCACACAUACGU